CUUUGGACCAGUUAUUCAGCGUGCUGCAUAGCCAUGGCCUGUCAUCUUAUUAAUUACUAGCCUCCUUUUCUAUAUUACUUGCUUCCUCAUUGGAGCCCCUAUUCUCAUACGCGUGUUGCUUUCCACAUUCCUACGGAGUAGAUUCAUCAGACUCAAUGUGACCUUGACCCUGGCUCGAAUCACACUCACCGCAAUACUCUGUUUAACCAACUCCAGAUUUUGGUCUCCACUGCCCUCUUUGUACGGCCUGGCGCCUAAAGCGCCAUGUACGCAUUUUCCACCAAGCGCCAGAGAGACCAGGAACAAGAGGACUUCGAUGGAAAUGUGUUCCGCGAGACAAAGAAACACAGGUCUCUUCCUCUCCGCGCGUCCCCAAGUGCCCUCCAGUUUUCUUCCCUCCCACAAAGCAACCGGCUUGCAUCUGGCUUCGGUUUCUCGACUCUGACCCCAGUGGAAUCCUCAGACGAUGACAAGGAGGAUAAUGGUGCUGACAAAUUUGCCCAUCAUGGUUCGACACAACCUCGGGAUCAGCCAUUACCAUCAGAACAAGGGUGUAUUCCUAUAAUGAGUGCAAGCAUGGAUAUUGAUAACGGAAAAGACGCCCAAUGUUCGACCAAUAAUGUUGAACAUUCCAACCCGGGAUCUGUCGCUGGAUAUAGCAAUUACAGUCUCCAGCCGUCGCCGAUCCCACAUAGUCUUGUUGACCAGUCGUUGGUUAUAAGCGAAGAGCCGACUACACACUCUACGGAAGGGAACACACCUGCCCCAAGAAGUCCCGUCGUAAGAGACAUGGUGCAAAACUCUACAUCAUAUACGUCGCAGGGCGUCUCUAGAGGUCCGUACGCGAGUCAUGACAGGGUCUGGUGGUGCGGCCAACGCCUCCCCAGUCCGGUCAGUGACAAUGGCGACGCCAUGGCGAUCAGCAGCAAAGACUCUGUGAGCGACGCUGAUAUGACAUACAUGUCCCAGCCAGCGUCUCCGCCACCAUGGUAUUCAGAAACUACGCCAGAUGUGUUACAGCCGGCGGGUUCGAUGGGCAGCUUGAAACGGGAGCAACAUAUUCCCUCUUCCUCGAAGAAGAAGGCAGCGAUUUCCAUGGGCUACCGAGCGGAUUGCGACAAAUGUCGGCGCAGGGUCCCAGGUCAUUACAGUCACAUCAUCCGUCACUGA